UCCAGUGCCUCCUCCUUCGGAGUGUGAGGUGGACGGGCUCCCCAGUGGUUACGGAUCCAGGGAUUCGAUCCUCAAACCUGGAGAGAAGAGGGACUGGAAGAGACGAAGGCGUGGGCAGCUACAGACGAUAAGCAGCUGCAGCAGCUGGGAUCACAGUCACACCAGCACUGAGGCUGGCAAAGGGAAGCAGCAGCAAGUGUUUGGACUAGGCGGAGGUGUAUCCAUGCGUUGCUCCACCUUGCUCGGCAUCCUCACCGGGGUGCUCCUCUACCUGGUGCUGGGAGCCGUGGUGUUUCGGGCCCUUGAGGCUCCGCGAGAGAUGGGCAAGCACAUGCAGCUGCAGGACACUCGGGAGGGAUUUUUGAUGAACUUCACCUGCGUCAGCCCUGAGAAUCUGCAGAAACUGAUAGAGGACGUUGCAGAUGCUUUGGGUGAAGGUGUGGAUCCCAACAAUAACAGCACCUUUGUCAGCCAGUGGGAUCUGGCCAGUGCCUUUUUCUUCUCAGGGACGAUCAUCACAACCAUCGGUUUUGGAAACAUAUCCCCAAAAACAGAAGGCGGGCAGUUGUUCUGUAUUUUCUACGCUCUAGUGGGAAUCCCGAUGUUUGGUUUCCUGCUGGCUGGAGUCGGAGAUCAUCUGGGUACCGGGCUGAGGAAAGCUGUUCUCAAGAUAGAGACUCUCUUCCGGAAAUGGAAAGUGAGUCCAACCAUAGUGCGAAUAAUCUCAGCUGUGCUGUCCAUCCUGCUGGGUUGCCUGCUCUUUGUCGCUGUGCCUAUCCUGGUUUUCCAAGAGGUGGAGCAGUGGAGUCUGUUAGAGUCAGCCUACUUUGUGGUUAUCACCCUGACAACAGUGGGCUUUGGAGACUAUGUUGCAGGGGAUUCUGGGAUUGAGGGCAGUGAUCACUGGUACAAGCCUCUGGUUUGGUUCUGGAUCUUGUUGGGUCUCGCCUACUUUGCAUCCGUUCUGACCAUGAUUGGAAACUGGCUUCGUGUUUUAUCUAAGAAGACCAGAGCUGAGAUGGAGGAGCUUCGAGCUCACGCCACAGACUGGACUCAAAACAUCCAGAACAUGUCCGUGGAUUUCCGCAUCCCAGGAAAAAUUGAUGAUCCCUUUAAACGCCGUCGGAGAAAGCACCGUCAUGGCCCUCGUAGCCACGGUCACAGUGUGUCAGCUAAUGGAGCUCCUGAGGGGAAAGAAGAGCAGCCUGGGAGCCAGUCACAGUCUGGCUCUUCCUCCUCCUCCUCUAAUGAAUCAGAUUCUGGAUCAGAAUCAGACUCUCAGGCCACGCAGACGGAGCGAGUGCCUGAAGAGAAAGCUGCAGAGCCUAAAAAAGAAGAGACUGUCCCUGACCCACACCUGUCUCAGCCUCUGGACUACUUUGGUGAAAAUCUUGCGUUUAUUGACGAGUCUUCAGAUACUCAAAGUGCUAAAGUACAUUUGGAUCCUCUGCUGGAUUCACAGUCCAACUCUGGGCGCUCUCGUCAGCCCAAGAGGAGACGCCACAGGAGGCCAAUACCACCAAGAAGUCCCAGAGGAAACCGCUCAAACUCUGAUAAGAAGGAGCCAAAUGCAAAUCCCAAACCAGUCCUAGAUCUACCACUGAAGCCUCAAGCAGAUUACAGAAACCCUACUGCACAAGUAUAAACUGUAAAGACAUGAGAUAUGUUCAUAAUUGGAACUCAAAUUGAUGCAAGUCUAUAAACUCAGCUUUAUUACAAACAUCUAAAAUGCAGUGCAGAAGCCUUAAAAAGUGGUUUGCAUUGAAUGAUCUCAGCAUGUGAGUGUGUAUGCUACAAUCAAGGAUGAUGAACUGAUUUUUAUGCCAAUGUUCCCAUUUAUUUCUGAGGAGUUGCUGCCCUCUACCGGACCAGAUCAGAAAUGCACUUCUUUUCUUCAAACAUGAGGGAUCCUGCCUUUUAUUAAUCACAGAAGCAAAAUAAAAACCACACAGUCAUGUUGAAGGGACACUGAUCUGGUCUGAGACUGUCACUCUUAAAUUCUGCCAACAAUAAACGGGUAC